GGGUGGAAAAUGGCCAGUGUAGCCAGUGCUGAAAGUAAUGAUCCCGUAUAUGAUAAAUCACUGCAAACAGAAUUUAAGACUGGAGACAGCCAAGCAGAACAUCAAUCAUGCGAACAAUGUGAACAAGAAAAGCCAGUGAAAGCCUUCUGUGUGGAAUGUCAGGAGUUUUUAUGUGAGGAAUGUUCCAUACAUCAUUGUCGCCCUAGGAUAAUGCGACAUCACAGACUGUUGAAAGAAAACGAGAUUCCAAGGAAAAAAGCCACUAAACUUGUUUCAGAAAAUUGUGUUGAACAUGUAGAUGAGGUUAACAAAUUCUACUGUGAAAGACAUAAUGAAUGUUGCUGUUCCGUAUGUAUUGCAACUUUGCAUAAGUCUUGUGAAGUCAAAGCACUGUCUGCCAUUACACAGAAUUAUCUACUUUCAGAAGAGUAUGAUUAUGCAAAAAAGGACUUUAAAUUAGUUAAUGAUUUAGCACAAGAACAAAUUAAGAAAAUUGGAAAGAACAUACAGGCGAGCAAAACAUCUGUUAAUGUUGCACUUGAAAAAUUGAGCAAACACAGACAUGACAUAAAUAAACAUUUCGAAGAGUUAGAAAAGGAACUAAAAGAUGAAGCAAUGAUUUUGCAGGCUGAGGAUUUGAAACAAAUGCAUGACCUGUCUCAAUCCUGUACAGCAAUCGUUAAAGAUAUUGAAGAAAUUAAGGAUGAUUUAAAUGUUUUGGAAGAUACAAAACAAGAAAAACUACUUUUUGCUGCAGUUAAAAUGAAUAAAAAGAGAAUUGAAGAGAUGAAGGAUUGUCUGAAACAAAUAAACAGUGCGAACAAGGUCAGACUGGUGAAAUAUUGCAAAAGCAGAGCAACAAAAUCUUUGUCUGCAAGAAAGGAUUUACUUGGUUUUUUGCAAGUAUUUGCAGUAGAAAAAGAAGAAAACAGGGUGAAAGAAGGUGAAAAAGAAGAAGUUUCAAAAAAAGUUAAAGAAGAUGGAGGAAAUUGGAAGAGCAAAGUUGAAAGAGAACAAGAAAAAGAAAUGGCACAAGAAAAAGAUUAUAAUUUCGAUUAUGUCGUUGCAAAAUUGUAUGAAUAUGCAGUUCUGCCAAAAAUACUGACAGUGUCUGAAAAAGCUACAGUCAUGUUAGAAUAUUAUAAAAGUAAAAUAAGUCUGUACACAGUUGCUGAUAAGAUUGAAUAUGCCAACACUGUCUUUCUAACUGGUCCUUGGGAUAUGGUUGAAAUUGAAACAGAUAUGCUUGCAGUGACACUGCCACAUGAGAAAAAGAUUAAAUUCCUUAACUUGCGUAACGGAAUAGCAGAAGCAGAUGAAAUACAAACUCCAGGAUUCUGUAAAAGCAUUUCAUCUGAUGGUAACUUUCUUGUAGUGACAUUCACAGAGCCUGCAGGUCUGAAAAUACUCAGCAAAUCUGGUGAGGUAUUAAGAGAUAUCCCAAUGAUAGAAGGUGGAAAAACUUUGUUUAUAGCACCAUCAUCAGCUGUUGUGGUACACACAAACAUUUUUGUGACAGAUCCAUUAAUGAAUACAGUGACAAGAAUGGACUCUAAUGGUAAAAUUGAGAAGAUUGUUAAGCACAAAGAUUUAGUUAUGCCAACAUCAAUCUCUUAUUCAAAUGCAGAUGAAAGUCUAUAUGUUUCAUUUCCCAAUGGAUUCAAAACCUUAUCAAUGACAAACAAUUUGAAAAAAUUAGAAUUUGAAAGUGAGGAUGAUUUAGGCUUUAUUGCAAUUUCAGCAAUGAUAAAUGAUAAUUCAGUGGCUAUUCUUGGGUUUGUGGAGGGUGAGAAUAAUGCAGAACUUCAAAGUAAAGACUCAUCUAGUAAAAGGGACGAUGUGGGGAAUUCAAGUGAUGAUGUUGAGGAUAGGCCGAGAGAAUCUUUGAGGAAGUCUAAAAAAGACUGCGUUAUUUCAUAGAAAUAUAUCUGGCUUAUGGACUGAACACAAACAUUAGUAAUCUUGAUGAGUAAUCUUGAACCAAAGGAAAUUGAAUAAAUUUUCUUUUUCAAUAAAAUAAUACUUCAUUUGAUUACUAAUUUGAUUAGAACAUAUAUUAUGCUGUUAAUUUUGAACAUUUGUGUUUUUCUGAUAUUGUUUUUUAAAUCCUAUAUUUUUACCUUAAUUUAUUAAACAAACAAUAUUUAAACUCUCUGAAAAAAAAACAACAUCCUUAUUUGCAAUUACUAUUAAUCAUUAUUUCCUUCUCAAAAUGUGUCAUUUGUUACUUAAAUAGUUGUCGAGUAUAUAAAAAGAAUUGCUUUCAAACAGAUUUUAUAUAUUAUGGCUUUUAGCACUUUUUGUCUGUAUGUGAUAAUCCUACAUCUUAUGAUUUUACCACUUGUAAAUUUUCAUACUUCUUUUGUUUGUUCAUCUACUCUUGUAAGUAUCUAAAAGUGACUGAAAGCUGUCACUCAAAAUAUGAGAUAUAAGAAGUCUAAGGAACUUUGUAAAAAAACUGGACUUAGUGAUCAACCUUUGUGAAGUUCACCUGGAUAAUAUUCUUUUGGAUAAAAUAACAUAAAAUAAGUUGAUACUUUAUAACUGUUGGACAGUGUUAUACAUGUAUAUUGUUAUUAAAAACUUUGUGUCAGAUUUUAAAAAUAGAAUACAAAUGAUUCCCCACCAGUGCGUUGUGUUUUAUGGUAGUCAAAUCAAGACUUAGUGACACUUGAUCUACAACCUUAACCUGGCGUUGUUAUACAUAGUUAAAUACAAUGACAUUCACCUGUGAGUUUUAUUUGCACAGUCUAGACUUUUUUUAGGGAUGGGGUUUGGAUAUUGUAAUGCAAUUGUAGAAUUUUCAAAAUCUGUGGUCAGUACUGUCCUGAACAUACCAUAAAGGGUAGCAGUGUUAUAGUGGUUAGGGUUUGGCCUCUCAACCAUCAUAUAAACAUAUAAAAUCUCUGAAUUUAACUGUACACUGCGACCGCUUUAAAACGCUGUCGUUGGGGUCCAAGAUUCGAGACCUGCAGAUCUAGCGGGGUUAAAUUUAUAACGCAGGUUGGCUGUAUAUGCCGUGUAUGCAAUACCCCACCAACCCAUAAUGCAUUAGACGUAUUUUGAAUGAUGCGUGUUAUAUAAGAAAUUCUAAGCGUAUAAACGGGACUUCUAUUUACCUUAUAUGCUACUGGAAAAUACAUUUAAAAAUUUAUAAUGCUGUGUCAUCUUCCCAUUUCAUUGUAAUUCUAAAAGAAAGAAAGUUGAAAUUCUAUAUCAUGAAAAUAAACAUGUAAACUGUGUGAGAAACAAGGGGUCAUGAUAAUUACAAUAGCACGGGGUUUUUAGAUACGUGGAAAAUAAAUAAAAAUGUAUGAAAGAGCAUAAAUGCGGACAGUUUUACAAAACAGAUAAAAUAAGAUUGAAAAUGGGAAAAUAAACUAGAUCUAUGAUAAUAAAAAGUGAGAAUGGGAUGAUUACGAAAAACGGCUGCAUUUUAUUACAAAACUGGGCAUGUUGUUUGAUUUUUUUUAUUCACACAAAUUUUUGUGUCGUCUGCUUAACUGAUGCAAACUUAAAUGGUUUGAUAGUUGACUGACCAAUGUUACAGCUUGUUAUCAAUGCAAAUACAACCUAAUUUUGACACAGUGCUGACUGCCUUAUUGUCUCAUGUCUACAUGUAUUCUAAAUUUAACAAAGGCGUUACCCAAACAAGUAAGCUAGCAGACGGUUAUUCAUUUUUUGUCGUAGUUGUCAUGGCAAAGGUGUUAAAGUACACAGGUAUAUGCAGUUUUAUCGCUGGUUAUGAUCAGCUUAAAUAACAUCCACGGAUUUUUUUUGAUUUUUUUUUUUGAAAAUUCGGGAGCCAAGAGCGUACCGCAUUUAUACUGAGUACCGCGGUAUAUCGAAUAGCAUUAUAAAGGGUUUUGUGUGUAUUGUUUUUGUCAAGACAUGCAUGUAAUAGACCAAAGCAUGGUACUGAAGUUACAUUACAUCUAAAGUCAACUCUUAAGUUACCUUUGGUACCACUUUCAACAUUAUUUACAAGAUUUACAAGAUGUAUUCAUAACA